GCACAAGAUGGCGGUGGGGCGGCGGGAGAGCGCGCUCCCCUCGUAAAUGCGGUCGCGGCGGCCCCAGCUCCCGGCGCCCGGCAGGGCUUACAUGGCGCUGGAGGAUCUGCUUUGUGUCUGCUUCGCUGUGCUGGCCGUGCAAGGGAGGCUGUUGGAAGGGGAUUCUGUGGAGCUGAGCUGUAGUGCUGGUCCUGCAAAGGUGAUAUUGGAGCCAAACCAAGUUGUGGUUUUGGACUGUAACCUGGCCCCUGCUGAGCAGGUGAUCAAUAUCACAUGGAAGAAGAAUGGGUUUCCGCUAGUGGAGCAGGAACAUCUGCAUGUGCUUCCAAAUGGAUCGCUCUUCAUCUCAUCACAGGCUGUGGCAAAGGACAGUAAAUACUCUGAGAGAGCUGAUGCUGAGGGUAAUUACUCCUGUGUGUCCCACAGCUCCCUAGGGGCUGUCACCAGUCAAACGGCUGCAGUCAGAUUUUCAACCUUGGCACGCUUUUUCCAACAGCCGGAGUCACAGACAGUGGAAGAAAAUGGCAUGGCUCGGUUUGAGUGCCGGAUCGAAGGCUUGCCUUCCCCUGUCAUCACGUGGGAGAAGGAUCAUGUAGCUGUUCCAGAAGAACCCAGGUUUAUAACUCUUCCAAAUGGUGUCCUGCAGAUUGUUGAUGUGCAGGAGAGUGAUGCUGGGGUGUACCACUGUGUGGCCAGCAAUGCUGCUCGGAAGCGCUACAGCAACGCUGCAGUUCUCAGUGUCCUGAAAGGUUCCCAGCCAGCAGGAGGAGAUGUCACCAUCAUUGCUGCUCCGGAGAACACCACGGUGGUGGCAGGGGAGAGCGUGGUGAUGGAGUGCAUGGCAGCUGCUGAUCCCACCCCGUUUGUCUCCUGGAUACGGCAGGAUGGAAAGCCCGUUUCCACAGAUGUGAUUGUGCUGGGUCGGACAAACCUCCUCAUUCCUUCCAGCCAGCCCCAUCACUCUGGAGUGUACGUUUGCCGUGCUAACAAACCCCAGACCAGGCAGUUCGUUACAGCCGCAGCUGAGCUCCGGGUCCUGGCUACGCCCAGCAUCUCCCAGGCUCCUGAAACCAUCUCCCGCACCCGAGCUAGCACGGCUCGAUUCGUCUGCAAGGCGGAGGGUGAGCCAGCCCCUACCAUCCACUGGCUGAAGAACGGCGAGGCCAUCCUCUCCAAUGGGCGGGUGAAGGUCCAGAGCAGCGGCAGCUUGGUGAUCAAUCAGAUCGGGCUGGAGGAUGCUGGCUACUACCAGUGCGUGGCUGAGAAUAGCCUGGGCAUGGCGUGCGCCACUGCCAAGCUCUCCGUGAUUGUGCGGGAGGGUUUGCCCAGCGCUCCCAAGAAGGUCUCAGCUGUGUCCCUCUCCAGCACCACAGUCUUGGUGUCCUGGGAGCGGCCAGAGUACAACAGCGAGCAGAUCAUUGGCUUCUCGUUACAUUACCAGCGGGCUGUGGGAACAGAUAACGUGGAGUACCAGUUUGCUGUCAAUAAUGAUACUACUGAGCUGCAAGUCAAGGACCUGGAACCCAACACCAACUAUGUCUUCUAUGUGGUCGCGUAUUCUCAGCUUGGAGCCAGCCGGACAUCCUCUUCCAUAAUUGUUCAGACCUUGGAGGACGUUCCUAGUGCUGCUCCUCAGCUGUCCCUGUCAAGCAUGACUCCUGGUGACAUCCGUGUGACGUGGUUGCCUCUUCCUCCGGAGCUGAGUAAUGGCAAGAUAACCAAGUACAAGAUUGACUACUGCACUAUCAAAGAAGCAGAUCAGGUUAACUCCAUUGAAGUGGGUGGAAAUGAGACACAGAUCACUCUGUACUCGCUGCAUCCCAACAAAGUGUACAAAGUGCGCAUUGCAGCUAGCACCAGUGUGGGCUAUGGGGCCCCGUCUGAGUGGACCCAGCAUCGGACUCCUGACAGGGACAACCAGACACAUGUUCCGUUUGCACCAACAGAAUUAAAAGUCCGAGCGAAGAUGGAGUCUCUCCUGAUUACAUGGCAACCCCCAGCCAACCAUGCCCAGAUAUCAGGCUACAAACUCUACUACCGGGAGGUGGGCCAGGAGGAGUCCAGUGAUGAAAGCCCUCUGGAUGGUGCUGAAGAGGAGAGCUGGGACGUAGGACCCAUAAAGCUAAAGAAGAAAGUGAAGCAGUAUGAACUGACUCGACUAGCUCCUGGGAAGCUCUAUGAGGUGAAGCUGGUGGCGUUCAAUAAGCAUGAAGAUGGUUAUGCAGCAGUUUGGAAGGGCAAAACAGAAAAGGCGCCUGCAACAGCAGUAGAUCCCCCUGUGCAGAAGGGUCCUCCACUGCCUCCAGUCCAAGUCUAUGCAGAGUCCAACAGCUCGACUUCUAUAUGGCUCAGAUGGAAGAAACCUGACUUCACCACGGUCAAGAUUGUCAACUACACCGUGCGCUUCAGCCCUUGGGGCCUGAAAAACGCCUCUCUUGUUACAUACUACACAAGCUCGGAUGAAGACAUUCUCAUUAGUGGGUUGAAGCCCUACACCAGAUACGAGUUUGCUGUGCAGUCCAAUGGUGUUGGUAUCGACGGGCCCUUUGGCAGCGUGGUGGAGCGAUUCACCCUUCCUGACCGUCCCUCGACGCCUCCAUCUGACCUGCGGCUGCACCCCCUCAACCCCUAUGCAGUCCAGGUGCACUGGUGUCCCCCUGCUGAGCCCAACGGCAUCAUCGUGGAGUACCUCAUCCUGUACAAUGCCAACAACACGCAGCCUGAUGACAUGUGGACCUUGCUGACACGAGAAGGAAAUAUCUUCAGCACUGAAGUGCAUGGCCUGGAAAGUGAUACCAGAUACUUCUUCAAGAUGGGAGCAAAGACAGUCGUGGGAUCUGGUCCCUACUCAAACGUGAAGGAUGUGCACACCCUCCGGGAGAAGCUGUCUGAUGUUCUGGAUAUCCACUCUGUCACGGGAAUCAUUGUGGGAGUCUGCCUGGGGCUGCUCUGCAUACUCUUCUGCAUGUGUGCCAGCUUCCGCAACAGCAAGCAGAGGGAGGCUCUGCCAGGCCUGGAUUCCCAAGCAACUGGCAACCACACUUACUACCACCGGGGCAGGCAAGGGGCAGCAGCUCCCUGUGCCACCUCGGACACACAUGAGCUGGAGUCACUCAUGUCCCCACUGCCAGAGGAUGCACCUGUGCCCUUAGGAGACAUCACAGAACUGACAGAAGUGCACAGCCUCAUCCAUACAAGCCUCCCUGAAGACAUUGUCCAUGGGAAGAGGAAGUCUUCGUGGAAUAAAUCAGCUAACCAGCCCUGGACAAACAGCAUAGCCAGAUAUGGGGACACUAUCACAAAAGAGCCUCUCCCUGCUGUGAACGGAUCACUGAAGCUCCCUUCCAGCGCAGGACAGAAGCUUUUGUUACAAGCUCUGGUUUAUGAUGCUGUGAUGAAUGAAGCAAAGAAGAGUCACCCACCAGCCAGCCUCCACCAAGUGGAAGCAGAGGUCAUCGUUCAUUCUGAUUUUUCAGCCUCUGACAGAGACUGUGACUCCCAGCUGCACGCCCUGGAUGGUCAACAGACAGAAGCCGAGGAGCAGGAGCAUGAAGAGUUUUCCCCUGGUGACCUGGCUCUCCACAGCUCUCCCAGCACCCAGCAGGACGCUCACCAAGAAUUGAUGGACUGCUCGGGCGAUGUGGAGGUUCAGACCCAGGAUGAGCUGUUGUAUGCCACCAGAAAGGCUAACAGAACAGAGGCCGUUUGCAUCCCUGGGCUCACCAAUGGCUUCCACAGGAAUGGGGAAAGUCUGGAUUCAGUGGAGAGUGGAGAUUCGGACUCCAUCCCGGAAGGCAGGGCAGAUGUGCAGCCAGUCAAGAGCCAAGCGCUAUCUGUGGCCCCAGAGGAGGCUCCCCUGUGUAGUAACUCUAGUUUAACCUCAUCCUCAGCAUCUGAGAACAUAGCACGUGUCCACAAUCACUGAAGAGUAAACUAAUCUGAUUUUGAUCAUGGGAGAGCUAGAAGCACCACUAAGGGCCUGUUCCUUUGAGGUACUGCGUGCCCUCAGUUCACUGGAUCGAGCUAAGAAGGUGCAGCAUCUCACCAGAACAGGAUUAGGACCUGUCAGCUGUACAUAUCGCCUUCAAGAAAUCAGUAGGUAGACUGAUAAGGGCCCAUCUUUCAGCUGAAGCUAAUGGGUAACCUGGUGUUCACGGGAGCAGAACUGAGCUGUCUGCCAAAGACUGACAUGAAACCACAGCUGGAGCAGAGCCUUCUGCGUUGGCCUGGUGCCGUCACCUCACUGUAGGCCCCUAUACGACUGGCAAGAGGCACGGUGUGCUGAGCCAGUCUCAACUGUCCCUUGUCCACAGAGGGCCUUGGACUACCCGCUGCCUUGUGGUGUUGGGAUGGACUUUGUCAGAGUCCCACAAGGGGGUGGAACCAACACAAAAAACAGAGCUAUAACCACCAGCCUUUUCUGCCCUCCCGUGGUUAAAAGGAUUAUAAGGCUCUCUUUGUACGCUGCGACAGUAACCAUUGCUAGCAGGCUGAUGUAGUGGCCUUUUAUUACACACUCUAAGAGUGCCUCUAACAACUUGUACUAUACAGAACCUUCUUUGGUGUCUGGGUCAUUUCACCAACCUGGACUUUGUUUUAUGAAGGUUCUUGUACCUAAUAUUUUAGGUACGCAUCUGUCCUUUUAAUGUACGACAUGUAUUUUUAUUUCCUUGGAGCAUCUUUAUAUUAUUUAAUUUUAUGAAGUGGAGUAGUGUGUGGUAUAGAGUAGCAUUUUUACUACUUCUCUCUUUCCUUUGUUUUUUUUUUUUCCUCCCUAACAACACAA